AUGGGAAAUUUAAAAAAAAAUAUUGGUUCGUCUCUUCAUAGCAUGUCCCAAACGCGCUGGUCAGCUAGAGUGGACUGCAUUAAGCCAUUCGCAACCCACCUUCCUGGUAUAAUCAAAUCAGUAGCUGAUAUAAGGAACCUAAAUUUGUCUAUAGAAAAUCGUGCUGAUCUAAAUGGGAUUAUUUCAUAUAUGGAAUCGUUUGAAUGCAUUCUGAUGUCCGCUAUAUGGUUUAAAGUACUUACUGCUAUCAAUUACACCAAUCUUGUUUUGCAAGCAAGGAAUGCUACAUUGGAUGUAGAAGUGACCAACAUCAAACGACUAAUUGAUGAAUUAAAAACUCUUCGAGAUAAAUGGGAUUCUAUUAUGGGAAUAUUAGUAGACGAUAUGAAUGCAUAUGAAAUUGACGAAACUUUUAACUUUCGCUGGAAGUAUAAUCAUUACGAAGAGGAAGAAAUUCGCCGAAGGAGUAAGGAUUUUGAGAAUAAAUACAAGGAUGAUGUUUCCAUGGAGCUGAUUGAUGAGCUUUUGCAUUUGAAAUUUAUCCAUGAUGUUAACAUCAAAAAUAAUUUGGACCCCUUCCUUCUUCUCAAUAAAAUUAACGACCUGAAACUUAUAUGUCUUUUCCCCAACAUUUGUAUUGGCCUGAGAAUUUUUUGUACAUUACCAGUUACGGUAGCACAAGCUGAACGGUCUUUUAGCAGACUGGCGCUUAUAAAAAUUGAUCUAAGAUCAACAAUGACGCAAGGUAGAGUUUCUGACUAA